AUGGGAGCGUGGGACUGUCCACACCCGCUUUUGUAUACCCUCGAUAUAGGACCUGUAAAGAAAAAAAAAAUAGGUAGCUUCUCUUUGAUUGAGCGUGUCAUCCUUAGUGCAGGGGCCAUGCUAAUCUUCUCUGUAUAUUUUCAGUUGACCAUAUGCCCCGAAGGGCGAAAUAAGUAUUCGUGGACUUCAUUAUAA